AUGGAACCAACGCUGAAGAUCCUCGUCGUCGGCGCAACGGGCCGCACGGGCAGCGCAACCAUCUCGGCCCUCGCCUCCCUCCCCCGCGCCCCCGCGAUCCUCGCCCUGACGCGCUCCCCGUCCUCUCCGAAAGCGCAAUCCCUCCUCGCGUACCCCUCCGUGACCCUCGUCCAAGGCGCGCCCACGGACCCGGCCCCGGUCUUCGCCGCCCACGGCCCCAUCUCCGCCGUCUACCUUGUCACCGUGCCGCCCGCCGACGAGGCCCAGGCCGCAGCUCUCGUCGACGCGGCUGUUGAGCACCGCGUCCCGCACAUCGUCUUCUCCAGCGUCGACCGCGGCGGCGACGAGGCCUCGUGGGGGAACCCGACGGCCGUCCCGCACUUCGCCGCCAAGCACCGCGCCGAGCUGUACCUCCGUGACCGCACCCGCGGCACCGCCACGCGGUGGACAAUCCUGCGACCGACGGGCUUCAUGGACAACUAUGGCCCCUCCCCAGCGGCGCUCAUGGGCCCCCUCAUGGCGGGGCUUUGGGCGACCAUGCCGCCCGGGCGGACGAUGCAGCUCGUCAGCACGCGGGACAUCGGGCUGUUCGCGGCGCGGGCGUUGGCGGGCGGCCCGGGAGGGGAGUGGGCCGACAGGGCGCUGGGGCUGGCGGGGGACGAGAUCAGCUUCGCCGAGGCGGACGAGGUGUUCCGCAGGGUCGUCGGGCGGGCGAUGCCGAGGACCUGGGCCGGGGUCGGGACCGUCGCGAGAUGGGCUUUCGAGGACGCCGGGAGGAGCAUGGAGUGGUUCGAGACGGAAGGGUAUAAGGCCGACGUCGGGCGGCUGAGGGAGAUGGAGCCGGGGUUGCAGACUUGGGAGACCUGGUUGAGGGAGAGUAGCGGAUGGGUGAAGGGGGACUGA